GGAAGAUGUUUUUUACACCUAAAAAUAAAAGUGAGACCUUCUAAAAAAAUAAAUAAGGCAACAGUGACAGUAGAUCUAGAUUUAGAUCUAGAUUCUGGAAAUGAAGAUCUAGUCAAGAUCUAAAAAAAAAAAAGAUCCUUAACACUUUGGAUUAAAAAAAAUAUAAAUUUUCUAAAAUGGGUGCUGUAAAUAGCUGCUGUAUACCUCGCUAUCGAAGUAGUGACACAGAUAUAAGUAACAACACCAGCACACCCAAGAAAAAAGGUCAUCAUCGCAACCUUAGUGCGACCUUUAACUUGUCAGUCAUUGAUGACUUCAACAAAACCCAAAAGUAUCUAGUCAACAUCAACACAGCCACCGAGGAAGAGCUGAUGACUCUCCCAGGCAUCAACAGAGGGAUAGCUAAAAACAUCAUAGACUAUCGGAAUCACAUCGGCGGUUUUAAAUGUGUGGAAGACCUAGCCCUCACAUCAGGUAUUGGUGCGGCCAAACUGGCUAUGAUACUCGAUGACAUUUAUGUCGUUCCCCCCGCGCUUCCCAAAAGCGAGUCCAGUAACGGAGUCGUGGAUAACUCAAGAGCUCAGGAAAACGGCUUGGAUGAGCCCACUAUCCUAGCCAGUGUUAAUUCGGAUAAUGUUUUCACGUUAAUUAAAGUCAAGGGAAUCGGCAUGACGCUGGCCAAGAAUAUUGUGGCACACAGAGAAAAACACGGCAAGUUUAAAAAUUUAGAAGAGCUGUUAAAAGUGAAAGGCAUUGGGCCUAAUAAUUUAGAAAGCUUUAAACCCUAUUUGACUGUUGAGGCUAUCACUAAGCCACCUACUGUCACAACUUCAAAUGGGGUUAAACCGAAUGCGGUAUCCAAUGGCAAGGUCAGUAAUGGGGCCCAGAGAAAGGACAAAGCGGAUGAAGACUACAUCUUGAGGUCUACAACCUCCUUGGAAAAUUUACUUGAGAUACUUGGGCCACUAGCUAAAGUGCCUGCCAGGCCCAAAGUUGAGGACGUCACUUUGAAGCAUAAUAAUCGGAAGGUGUUUCGACUGGCAUCUUGGAACCUGGAGAAGUUUUCUGUAGAGAAAGCCAGCAAUCCAGGAGUAAAGGAUGUUAUCUGUAUGACAGUUUUAGAAAAUGGGAUAGGUAUAUUAGCUGUUCAAGAAGUGGCAGACAAAAAAGCUUUAAAUGAAAUUUGUCAAGAACUCAAUUCACCAACAUUACCGAAUGUUAAAAAAUGGAGUGGAAGACGUGGCCAGUGGGCGUGUGUAGUGUCUGAGGCUACUGGCAGAAUGCAUCAGGGUUCGGAAUUCAAUGGUUUCCUGUAUGAUAAAUCUCAAGGCAUUGAGCUAGUCAGGUCAUGUUUGGUUGAAAAGGAACCUGGAAAAAGUAAACCAUUCACCAGGUUACCUUUUCUUGGUAUUUUUAAGGUCAAUGGCAAAUUCGACUGUGUCGUAGUGAGUGUUCAUCUGAAAGCCACGGGUCUUAACAACGAAGAUUUGGAUCGGACUGAAAAGGAGGCUGGCACUGUGAGUGACCUUGUGGAUGCUAUAAAGAAGACCCUAAAAGGUGAAAAUGAUAUCAUUAUGGUUGGGGAUUUUAAUUUGAAACCAAAUGCUUCUGCCUUCAAAGAGCUAGAGAACAAAGGCUACAUCAAUUGUAUCCCGGAGGACGCCUACACAAACAUCAGCAACAAUAACCCUGCGGGCAGUAAGAGUUAUGACAACAUUUGGAUUAGCAAAGAGACCCAGCAAGUUUUCACAGGUUUUAGCAAUGUGAUCAGGGAAGGCUUGACUAGCACAUGGAUCCCCAAUGGAUGGACAUGGGGUGGGGUGGUCAGUGACCACUGUCCAGUCUACGCCCAGUUUUAUUCCAACGUUGAUUUGGACAACGGAGAUAUCACAGCAGAUCAAGUUAAGUUUUCAAUAUCUGGCAACUCCUAACUAAGUAAUAGUUUAGAUAGAAAUGUUAUGAAUAUUAUUGAACUUGUAUGCAAUCAUCAUAAACUGAUGAGCACUGGGAAAUGUCCUAUGAACUAUGGUUGUGAAUUUUUCUUGCUUUAUAUUUCCCUUUGUUCAUGUUUCAACUUUCAGUCUUGGAGUGAAAAUAUUUCAGCCCAUGGUAAUAUUUAGAGAAUGGACAUUUUCUUUCUAAUUUACUUUAAAUUCAAUUUGCUUAGCAGUAAUUCUGAUGGAAGACAUUUCCUUUAUUAAGAAACAAAACAAGGAAGAGAAGGAAAAUUAUUUCUAAUUUGCUUAGCAGUAAUUUGAUCUUUUUUAAUUUACUAUCAGUGUGUGUUUUUUUAUACCAUCUAAUUAGAGAACAAAUUGUGGGUGUGUGUGUGUUUCAUAUUUAGAAAUUUUACUCUCAUACUCAUUCAUUGACAUUUGCCAUGCAAUAAUUGAACCUUGCAAUUCAGUUUUAUAUGGUUUAAGUUAUGCUGUUAUGUUCGUGGCAUGGAAAAACAACACUUAAGCUUUUAGAAAACUGAAUAUUAUUGCAUUUUACUCUGUAAAAAAAUGUAUGCUUGUGAAAAGCAAUGCCACGCAUGUUACAGCUUUAGUGAUGCGCUGGUUGAAAUAAACCCAAAACAUAUGUGUGUGUGACAAAGAAAGUUAUACAUUCUCUCUUCCGUUUGUUCUUCACACAUCAGAUUGAUUGUGUGUUGUAACUGAUACAUUGUUGAUUGUUUUUAAUUGUCAGUUAUAACAUAUAUUGUUGAUUUUUUUUUAUUGUUAGUUACAACAGAUAUGUUAUUGAUUGUUUUUGACUGUUUGAUAGAACAGAUAUGUUGUUCAUUGUUUAUCUGGAUGUAUGUCUCUGAAAUUACAACGAAUGGCUCAGGUGGAGAUUUAAAUUGUCGUCUUAAACUCUCGUUCACCAUUUCCUGUGUUCGUCUUUCAUAUGCUUCAAAUUAUGAAAACAUUUGUUCAAAAAAAAAGAAAAAAAUCUUUGAUCAAAUUUUAACAGAAACAAAUAUUGUUUUAUCCUUGUUGACAAAAGUGCAAUUCAGUUGAUUUCAUGUCUUUACAAUCUUGUAUCUUGUUUUCUGUUGGUUUGGUUAUAAGAUUAUGCACUAUAAAUAGCCAUAAGAAGACAGAAGAGGCAUUGAAAAUUUCGUUAAAGUCAGUUAAAGUUUGCCUAUCAAGUUAUAACAUAAGAUUUGAUAAACAGCUUUUUCUAGAAGGGCUAUAUAUAGCGCAUUGUAAAUAGCUACAACCUGUUUACAGUUUGACCUGUUUGUUGUAAAUCUCUAUUCAAAUAAUCAAUGGUUUCUUGAAUACUUACAUAAUAGUAUGUAUAAUAAUAAUAAGGCUUCAACUGUGAAGAUUAAUGAGGAAUGCAGUAUAUGUGUGUUUGUAAAAUAUAUAUAUAUAUAUUUAUAUAUAUAUGUACUUGAUAUUGAAUCCAUUCUGUCAGUAUUUAUUUCUGUAGCUAAGAUACAGGAGAAAUAACAUUUUGUUUAAGUGCGGUUAGUCUUAGUUUUACUUUUGAUCUUUUGAAUAGUAUCCUGGCCUUGGUUGUAAUGCUUGGUCUACAUCCAUUUUAAUGCUUGACCUACAUCCAGCAAUCCUGAUGCUGUCUUAGCUGCGAUGGGCAGGCCACAUCUGCAGAAUGGAAGCAACUAAGUAAUUCCUUUAUGGUCAAAUAAUGAAAGGGAAGCGCCACUUGAUGACAAAAGUUGUCGUCAUUGAACUUAAUAGAUGUUAAAUACUCCAAAUGUGUGAAGUGUUCCAUUAAGGAAAAGGUUUGGGAACCACUGGGUUACAUGAUCAUGUGUGCAGGAGAGACCUGCUUCAGAAAAAUCAAAUCUAAAUCUAAACUUUCUUCAGUGAUUCCAAAUUCAAGUUAGUGCAAGUUUCAAAUAAAGGCAAGACUAUCUAUAAAUAAACAUUUAUUUGUAUAGCUUUAAGUCAAAAUCAAAAUCUGGGAUUUAUGAAAUAUCUGUGCAACUAUAUUUUUUAAACUAUCUGUACAAAUUUACAAAUCUUAACCUCAUACUCAAUUUGACACUGACAUGAAGCCUAUCAUUGGAAUGAGUUUCCUAUCGAAGUGUUCCAACACAACAGUAACCUUUAGGAUUUAUCUAAUUGUAAAUACGUGUGUGUUUACUUUCUACAUUAUUCUAUGCAUUUGUGUGAAUUUACUCUUUGUAUACAUUUUUUAAAAUUAUUUUUUAGUCUUUUAUCCCCCCUUUUUUUUAUACAAAAUUUACAUUUAUAAUGUAUUUUAAUAUUUGCUUCAUCAAAGUCAACUUUAAAAUGCAGGUUUUUUUUUAGUAUUGAAAUGUUUGUCAGGAAUACAAGAUUUUAGUCUCUCUUUAAUUAAGGAUUAGACUAGGUUGCGAACGUUCAUAACUUUUUAAAUGGUUGGAUUUGAAUUGUUUUUAUGGUUAGAACUGUUUGUCGAUUUUUAAAAAAAUUUCAUUUAAGUGUAUGUUUGUUAUCUUUUUAAAACCAAGAUUUCUCUUAUUUUUUAAUUAUUUAUUGUUAUAGUUAUGUCUACUACUGUACUGUGAACCCAAACCCUUUGAAAACUUUUUGUUGUCGUUUACAUUUUACUUUUCACUCUAUCCUCUAUCACCGUCCUGUGUUUUUCCCAGAUUUGAUGUGAACAUUUUAGAAUAACCUUGACCCUCACUACAGUGUUGGGCUAGCAAGGCUUAUAACAGGUCUUGAACGUUGUUUGUUCAGAUGACACACUACGCUGCUCUUUUUCUUAGCUAUUUGUGUCAUGCAGAUUUUAAAGCAUCGUUUUUUGUUUUUUUUUUAUUCUGACCUUUUUUAAACUACAUUUGACACAGAUAGAAAAUAUGUUGCCUAAGGUCCGUGUUCGGCUCAUGCUACAAUGCAAUCCAUCUCAUCCAAACUUUGACCCACAAUAUAAAAUGAAAUCACAGAGGAUCAUUUCCAUUGGGCUACGGCUAGAUGAAUUUGUGUGGGGAUGAAGUGGUAAUUGUGUCAGAAGAGGUUAUGCCCCCCCCCCACACACACACACAAUAGCUUACAUUUUUAUUUCUUUCAAAGAAUUUUUUUAGAAAUGUUUUAGACUUGACCAUGUUGUACUGAAUUAUAAAAAAUGAUUUUAAUUUUGUAAAAUUAAGAUGUUUUGUUAUAAUAUCUAUUUGUUCUAAUCUGAGAAAAAUUUCAAGCAAACAUUUUUGUGAAAUAAGUUUUAACAACUGUUUACAUUGAUAGCAUAAAUAUGUUUUGACUUAGCAAUAACAAAAAUCAACCCUGGGAUUGUGCGUAAUGAAAUUUAUAUUUUGCAGGUCUACAUAAAAAACUAACAAAAUGUGCAAGCCUUGAAAUGUAUGAAUUGUUGAAAAGUUUGUAUGAGUUGGAUGGUGAAUAUGGUUAUUUUUACAAAUGAUAAGAUAAGAAUAUGUACCUAACACUGCACAUGUAUCUCCUGACAGUUACCAGACUCAAGCUUUGGGAGAGAAUAUCUGUGUUUUACCUCAUGUUUGUAGUUACAGGCAGUCUGUUACGCUGGGACAGACUGUGUAAUGUUUUAGGUGUCAAAAAUAUUUCCUAGAAUUAAAAUGUAAAAGGUGGUGUUCCUUUAUUAUGGGAAUCUGAUGGACAUUGUAUCUUAGGCAGACCCUACUACCACUACAGCCCAACAUAACCAACACCCUGUACGGCAGUGCUGAACAAAUGAAAAAAAAAACAUCCCACUAUUUUUCCCUGGCACAGUCUGUAAAAGAGCUCAGCAGCAAAAAGCUGGCUAGAAGAAAAGGAACAAUGGACAUUGUAUUCAUUUCAAUUGUUAUGUGGCAAACAAUUUGCUUUCGGAUUACCUGGCAUCUGUUUUAGCAUCUGUUUUACCUUGUCAUGUUUGUUUGACAAAAAUCUGGCAAAGACUGCAAGAUGAACCUAAGCAAGUCUUGGGCUCCAUUGUGUUUUGGCUUUGUAUUUGCCCUGUUAAUUUUUUUCUAUAUUUUGGUAAUGCAAGUUACACGUUUGAUCACAUGAUUUAAUAUUUGUAUAAAAAAAGAAAUAGAGUAAUUCUGUAUAUAAACUGUGCCAGUGUUUUUCUCCAUGUGCCAGAUGGUAAUGUAUUUCAAAUGUUUUGCUAACUUGUUUUAGUUUAAGAUAUUUGUUAACAUUAUUUUUUGUUUUUGUCAUCAACUAUGCAAUAGUUCUUUUGUGCACAAAACUUUUUGCUUUGUUUUUUUUAUUAUUUAUUUUAUUUAUUGAAAUUGAGUUAACCCCCCCAAAAAAACAUGCAUAGAUUUAAUUUAAAUAUGACUUUGAUUUGUUAUUGGUUUUUGCAUUAUAUAGUAUUAUAAUUUCCAAACAGACUGGAGUCAAGAUAUCAACUUUUAAACAUAAAUAGCAUACAAGACAUACACUAUGCAUAAUUGUGUGGGUUGAAUGUGUAACACUAUCAUUUCAUUGUGUUCUGUUUGUUUGAAAGAUGUUACUAUUGAAGAACUAUUGAAGAACUAUUGAAGAACUAACUCUUACUGCUUGAAGAAUUCAGACAUUUUCAGGUUGUCGUGAACAGAGCUUAUAAGAUUUUGUUUAAGUACCAGUGUACAUCAUGAUGUGGAGAUUUUUGUUCAUUUAACUCUGACAAGAACUCUUAAUUGGCUAUUCUUUUUUUUUUAAUCCUUAGAGGUUUUAUUAUCUUCAAAUCUGGGUUUAUAAGAAGUUUCACUUUACAAACUUUACAAAUUUGUUUAAACUCAAUAGUCAAUUAAUUUUUUAAUUUUUAUUUUACUAAACUCUACUUGGCCUACUUUAAAGUUUAUCUUCCUGAACACAUAGAGAUGUGGAGUUGGCAAGUAAGCUAAAGCUGCUAAGCAGUAAGAUUUUUAGCUAAAAAAGUUAUUUUUUGUUUCAGAACAUUAUAAGAAGCAAACUAUCUAAAUGAUUUGUUUCACUGUACAAUGAUUCUCUCUUAUAUUUUUUUGGCAUGACACAUGAAAAUAUUAUUUCACAUAGUCACCAGGAUUUCUGAGUGAGAAUCAAUCAACAGUUUUGUUUAACUCAUUGAAUCAAAGUUGUUUUUGCUAGAAACAAUUUAUAAUGUAUUAUUACCAAUGCAUUUUAUAUCUAUUUUUUGUGGGGUGGGGAAUUCCACCUUGUAUAAUCAUCAUGACUUGAUUUUUCUGUGUGUUAUAGUCUCUUACCAUUAAAAAAAUAGCAAUAAAGAUCAACCAGAACAAUAUUUUUAGCAACAUCUGUAUUACCAUGCAUUUUGGGAGAGAAAGAGUGCUCUUCCUUGCAAGAUCAUCAUGACCUGAGUCUUUUUUUUUUUU